UUAGCCGUCCCCAGUCUCCCCUUCUGCGUCUCGUUCUAACAAAAAAACAAAAAUUGGCCUAAAUUCUUCGUUAUUCCUCUCGAUAAUAAAACAGAAAAAAGCACAAUCUUCAGAUCGAAAAUUAAUCAAAUUAGGUUAGAAUUAAGGUCCGAUUUCUGAAUCUACAACCACCACCAACAAUGCUCUUCUUUUAAGUUUUGAUCAUCUUCAAACCACCACCAUCGCCAUUACCUACUCCGCUCCGCUCCCACAAAAUGGGUGAACAAACACAACCCCACCACCACCUCCCUGAAUCCUCCGCAACUACUCAACCACCAGUAAUCGACACUCCAUCUCUUCCUCCUACUCAAAAUCCCACAUCUUCUAAACUCCCUUUUCGACCUAAAAAGACCAGGAAACUAUCUGCAGUCACUUCUUCGGAAAACCCUAAUGCCAAAUCUCUUGAAUCCACCACCACCACCAGCACCACAUCCGACGCAGCUGCCGCCACCAGCAACAAAAAGAGUAAAAUUGUUGUUCAAAAAGUAAUCCGUGUCUUACCAAAGAUCACAGCAAGAGCAUUAUCAUGCAAAGGUGAAGUUGAACUAGCUUUAAGGCACUUGAGUUCAGUUGAUUCAAACCUAGAUCGUUUAAUAAAAUUACAUAAACCUCCAGUGUUUGAUUCAUUUCAACCACCAUUCCUUGCUUUGUCAAAAUCAAUACUUUAUCAACAACUUGCUUAUAAAGCUGGGACUUCAAUUUAUACUCGUUUUGUUUCACUUUGUGGUGGUGAAUCACUUGUUUUGCCUGAAGCAGUUCUUUCUUUUACUCCUAAUCAACUUCGCCUAAUCGGUAUUUCUGCGCGUAAAUCUAGUUAUCUUCAUGAUUUAGCUAAUAAAUACCGCAAUGGGAUUUUAUCAGAUUCUUCAAUUGUUAAUAUGGAUGAUAAAUCCCUCUUCACUAUGCUAACAAUGGUCAAGGGUAUUGGCCCAUGGUCAGUACAUAUGUUUAUGAUAUUUUCCCUUCAUCGUCCUGAUGUUCUUCCUGUCGGGGAUGUUGGUAUUCGGAAAGGCGUUCAGCUUUUAUAUGGUCUUGAUGAAUUACCUAGACCUUCACAAAUGGAAAAUCUUUGCGAAAAAUGGAGACCUUAUCGAUCCGUUGCGUCGUGGUAUAUGUGGAGAUUUGCUGAAGCACAGGGUGCUUCUGCAACAGCUGCCGCCAUAGUACCAGUUGUAGAAAGUGCAAUCCCGCUACAACAGCUGCACCAGGAGCAGCAACCAUCUUUUCCCCAGCAGCAACCAUCUUUUCCGCAGGAGCAACCAUCUUUUCCGCAGCAACAGAUUAUCGAUCCUGCUACCAAUAUUGCGAAUCACGGUUUGUGGAGGUCAGUAUGGGAUCCUUUGUAGGCGAACAAUGUUUAGCUUGAUCGUCAUUGUUGUGGUAAAUCGUCCUUGACGAUUCUUAUACAGCUGCUAUUUAUGCUAUCCUUUUUAGGGAGAGGAGAGAUUUAGUAAGCAAUUAUGAACCCCCUCCCUUUUUUUCUUCUUCUUCAAAUUGUGGGAUAUAAUAGAUUGCAGAGGCUUCCCUUCCCAUUUUUUUUUACUUCAAAUUAUAAUCUAGCUAUUUUCUCAUUUUCUUAUGUAACUAGUUGAAGAUGGAUACAAUUGUAGAUGCAGUUUAUGGGCAGAUUUUGCAGCCAAUAAUUAAUCAAAAUUCUUUCUCAUUCCCCUUGGAA